AAAUAAUUUGAGGUUACUAGGAGCAAGCAGUCAUGGUCCGUGAAAUUGUCCACAUUCAGACCGGCCAAUGUGGUAACCAGAUUGGAGUCGCUUUUUGGGAGACAGUAUGCCUCGAGCACAAGAUUGGCACUGACGGAAAUUUCCUUGGUGAGGAUGACAUGUUGUUGGAGAAGAUAAAUGUGUACUUCAAUGAGAUCCAGGGAGGUAAGUACGUGCCACGUGCUGUCCUCGUGGAUCUGGAACCAGCCGUCCUGGACUCCAUCAAGAACAGCAAGUACGGCAGCACUUUCCGUCCUGAUAACUUUGUGUUUGGACAGUCCGGUGCUGGUAAUAACUGGGCUAAAGGUCAUUACACCGAGGGAGCUGAACUGGUGGACCAGGUAUUCGAUGUGAUCAGGAAAGAAGCUGAACAAGUCGACUGCCUACAAGGGUUCCAACUGAGUCACUCUCUUGGAGGGGGUACCGGAUCUGGCAUGGGAACUUUGCUCCUGAAGAGGGUUCGUGAGGAGUACCCUGACAGGAUCGUCUGCUCAUACUCUGUUGCUCCUUCUCCCAAGGUCUCCGAGACAAUCGUAGAGCCGUACAACGCCGCCCUCUCUUUCCACCAGUUGGUCGAGAACACUGACGAAUGUUACGUAAUUGACAACGAGGCUCUUUACAACAUUUGUACAAACACUCUUAAGUUGAAGAGCCCUAGCUACGGUGAUCUAAACCAUCUUGUGUCAACCGUCAUGUCCGGUGUUACUACUUGCCUUAGGUUCCCUGGCCAGCUGAACGCUGAUCUGAGGAAACUUGCUGUCAACAUGGUCCCCUUCCCUCGUCUUCACUUCUUCAUGUCAGGGUUCGCUCCUCUGUCUUCAUCCGGAAACAAGGGGUACAAGGCAACCUCAGUGGCAGAGAUCACAAACCAAAUGUUCGACAGCAAGAACAUGAUGGUGUCAUGUGACCCCAGACACGGCCGAUAUCUUACCUGUGCUGCCAUGUUCAGAGGAAAAUGCUCCACCAAGGAUGUUGAUGAGCAGAUGAUAAACAUACAAAGCAAGAACUCUGCUUACUUUGUUGAAUGGAUCCCAAGCAACGUCAAGACCGCCGUUUGUAAUAUUCCUCCUCCCGGCUACGACCUUAGCGGCACCUUUAUCGGUAACAGCACUGCCAUGCAGGAGCUCUUCAAGAGGAUUAACGAGCAGUUUAUCAGCAUGUUCAGGCGCAAGGUGUUCCUGCAUCUGUACACCGGAGAGGGUAUGGACGAGAUGGAGUUCAACGAGGCUGAAAGUGACAUCGCUGAUAUCAUCACUGAGUACCAACAGUACCAGGAAUGUGGAGUAGACGACACAUACGAGGGAGAAGAGGGUGAGGAUGGAGAAGAGGAAGUCGGAGAGGAAGAAUACGAAUAAUUAGCAUAAUUAGCAAUUAUUUAUACCAUAUUUGGAAUUAUUACAUGAUUAAUUAUCUAAUUAAUUACCUGAUCGUUCCAUUUAUCCGGUGUGAUGAGCGGAAAUGCUCGUAGUGGUAACCUUGAUCAGAUGAAACGCAAUUCCUUGUACCAUAAAAGAAAAACUGUAAAAUAAUUCUAAAAAUUAUAACAACGAAGAUAAAAAUGAGCACUAUUUUAUUAUAUUUUUGUUUUUAUUUUGUGGAAUUCGUGUGUGCGCUUCUCAUCCUCACGACACAUAAUUCAAUGCUAUUACCGAUAUACUGAUUAUGAUAUUCUCCAUGCAACUGUUUGUGAUUGAUAAAGAAAAAUCGUUUUAAAUACUUUGAAUAACUUGAAAAUCACGACAUAUGAUGUGAUAUUAUAGAGAUUGAUUGCGUUGUAACAGAUUUGACUAUUUGUAUUUGGGCUAUUUCGCUAAUUCUAUAUUUGUAUACAAACUUUUAAGAUAUUUGACUUUGUACCAAAA